CCCAUGGCAAAUGCAGAUUUGGGAAAUCAAACAUCCAUCACAGAAUUCAUCCUCCUGGGAUUUGGGAACCUCCAGGAACUGCACUUUCUUCUCUUACUGCUGUUUCUAGUGAUCUACAUUGCGACCAUGGGGGGGAACAUCCUCAUUGUUGUGUUAGUUGUGGCUGAUCAGCACCUUCACACACCCAUGUACUUCUUCCUGGGGAACUUGUCCUGCUUGGAGACCUGCUACACCUCCACUAUCCUGCCCAGGGUGCUGGCCAGUCUCCUGACUGGAGACAGAACCAUUUCUGUUAGUGGUUGCAUCACACAAUUUUAUUUCUUUGGUUCUCUGGCAGCUACAGAAAGCUAUCUCCUUGCCAUAAUGUCUUAUGAUCGGUAUUUAGCAAUUUGUAACCCCCUGCAUUAUGCAGCCCUUAUGAACAGCAAAUUUUGCCUUCAGCUAAUGGCUAGUUCUUGGAUAAGUGCUUUCUUGGCCAAUUGCUUAGUGAUAUUUUUGGCAUCACAAUUAACUUUUUGCCACUCCAAUGAAAUUCCCCAUUUCUUUUGUGACUUCUCCCCAAUUGUAAAACUCUCCUGCAGUGACACCACCCUCAUUGAACUUCUGACUUUCAUCAUGGCCUUUAUAUUCACAGUGACACCAUUUCUGUUAACCCUGUCAUCCUACGUUUGCAUCAUCACCACCAUCCUGAAAAUCCCAUCCACCAAGGGGAGGCAAAAGGCAUUUUCCACCUGCUCCUCUCACCUCAUUGUGGUGACCAUUUUCUAUGGAACCAUCAUGAUUGUCUACAUGCUCCCAGACACCAAUACACUGCGAGACCUGAACAAAGUGUUCUCUGUCUUCUACACAGUCCUGACUCCUCUGGUCAACCCCCUCAUCUACAGUCUGAGAAACAAAGAAGUACACAAAGCCCUGAGGAGAAAGACUAGGCACCAAGCCCAGUCCACAGUCCAAGGAGGAUUUGCCGAACCUGCGCCGAGUACCUGUUCGUCGGUGCACAAUGCUCUGGCGCUGGCGGUGUGUGAACUGGUGCCGAUUAAGGACCCUAAGGACCCUCGGCACCAUCAUGGCUCGGGCCAUAAGAAGCCAUCCUCGGUGCGGCAUCAUUCUCAAUCCCCAGUGCCGUUAAAGAAGAAGAGGCCGGAGAGGGGUCAGUGCCCCCCGCUGAAGCCUAAAGGAGCCAGGGUCAGGUCCAAGGUCUCGGUUGGCAUCUCUGUCUUCGGCAUCCUUUGUUCCACUGCCUACCGAAGUGCCAGCCCGACUGUUAUAAACAACUGCUCCAGCACCGACCUUUCCAUCAACGGCACCGCCGACGGCUGCAGCUCUGACUCCACCGGCAUUGACGAGGUCAGCACUGCCGGAUCUAGCGGCUCCCACAUAGACCGUGGCACGGAGGCUCCCACCUUCAGUGGUCUCAGCACCGCAUCCCAUCGAAUACCACGUGCCGAGAGACCCAAGGGGUACUGA